CGCCGGUUGUGGACGGGUGUUGUAAGGAGUGGGUACAUUGCGGCGUCCUUUCGUUAAUUUGCUAGUGAAUUGUAUUAGGACAAAUAAUGGGUGACGUGGAGAAAGGAAAGAAGGUCUUUGUCCAGAAGUGUGCCCAGUGCCAUACUGUUGAGAAAAAUGGAAAGCACAAGGUUGGUCCAAACCUGUAUGGCCUGUUUGGGAGGAAGUCGGGGCAGGCUGAGGGCUUCUCUUACACCGAUGCAAACAAAACUAAAGGAAUUGUCUGGAGUGACGAUACUCUCGUGGAAUACUUGGAGAAUCCCAAAAAAUAUAUUCCUGGAACAAAAAUGAUUUUUGCUGGCAUCAAGAAGAAGACUGAACGUGCUGAUUUAAUUGCAUAUUUGAAAAAGGCAACGUCUGAAUAGAAUAUCCUGUAGUUUGGCGUCUAUGCUGCUUUAAUGUGGUAUCUGUUUCUUAGUCUUGUGGUGAAUUGGAUUUUUAAAUUAUACCAGCCUUGUAUGUCCUGGUUCUAAAUGCAAUAUUUUUGGCAUGUUCAUGUGCCAUGUAUGCAGUCAGAGCCUUAAAUAAAUAAUGAUUUUUAUCUGCUAA